GAUGGCCGCUGCAACAACACACCCACAAGAUAAAGAACUUGACAGAGUCAGAUCCCACUUUGUGAACAAGGUGUCCAAAGAAGUAAUAAAUCAACUCCUGGACGGCCUUUUGCAUGAUGGUGUGUUGAAUGAUGGGGAGAAGGAUGCAGUAAUUGAAGAAAAUGACAGCAGAGCAGAUAAAGCACGCUGUCUCAUCGACAAGGUGAAGAGGAAAGGACAUGAGGCCAGCAGCAAGAUGAUUACUUGCUUGAAAAGUUUGGAUAAAACACUGUACUAUGAGUUGGGUCUGUCCAACGUCCAGCCUGCUCUGCCAGCUGCAGCAGGCCCAGUGGAUCAGAGUGGAUCAACUCCUUCAGUCUCCAGCGUGGAAGAGUUCUGGAAGUCCAAAGAGAACGAUCCAGAGGUCUAUCCUGUGACACAAACUUCCUUUAGGAACCGUGUUGCUCUGCUGAUCACUAAUAUCAAGUUUUCUGAGAAAUCAAUGAACAGAAGGGGAGCAGAGAAAGACGAGGAGAACAUGGAGGAACUGCUUUCUAAUCUGGGAUAUGAGGUGGUGAAAUACACAAACCUCACUGGAAAGGCGAUUGAUGAGGCUUUAAUUGACUUCACUAAACAUCCCAAACUAAAACACACUGACAGCGUGUUUGUGGUUCUCAUGUCUCAUGGGAAGCUGGGGAAAAUUCUUGGGGUUGAUUGGAAAGAGAACAAACCAGAUAAAUUUCCAAUCAACAACAUUUUCAAACACUUGGGCUCCAAGAGCUGUCCAGAGCUAAGAGACAAACCAAAGGUCAUCAUCAUACAGGCCUGCAGAGGAGAACAAGGAGGAAGCGUUCCGGUUAACGACAGUCCAAACACAGCGGAUCAUGUUCUACAAUCUGAGGACCUUAUAGCAGAGAAGCUUCAUCAUUUAACUUUGGAAAAAGAUUUCAUUUGUUUUUCAUCCUGUAUUUCUGGCAUCGUGUCGUCCAGACAAUCAAAUCGUGGGUCUCCCCUCAUCCAGAAGAUUGUGGAAGUUUUCAGUUCAGAGUCGUACCAGGAAGAUAUUUCUGAGCUUUUUGAGGAGAUAGAAAUGGCCCUCUAUUUCUCUGCAAGCCAUUACUAUCUUAGUGGAACAAACAUUAGCAACACACUGACAAAGCGUUUUUACCCUUUAAUAGGCGUCAGAGAUAGAAGUGUCUUUGUGAUGAAAGACAAAGACAUAGUUACAGAUACAUUCUCACAAAGUGAGGGCAGUAGCUAUGGAACAUCCACUGAGGUCAGCUCACAAGAGGAAGAGCAGCAGGCGGAGGAGGAAGAAGAGAAUGAGCAGGAGGAAGAGGAAAAGCAGGAGGACGAAGCUGAUGAGCUGGAGGAGGAAGAUGAAGAGGAAGAGCAGGAGAAGGAG